AUAAUUUAUUUAUUUUGCAUAAUAAUGAUUAACAGUAAACAAGGAAAUCUAAAAAAUGCAGCGUCUAAGAAUUCAAGUUGUUCGUAAUGUCUUGGGUACCAAGACGUAUACCACUGUACCUGCACAGAAGCCAGUGGUAUCUCCAACGUUUAAAGUUCAGGAUCCCAAAGAUUUUGAUGAACGUGUAAAGAACUCUAAAGUACCUGUCAUUGUGGACUUUUUUGCAACAUGGUGUAAUCCAUGUCGUAUGCUGACUCCAAGAAUAGAAACAGUUGUUGCUGAAAAGCAAGGGAAGAUAUUAUUAGCCAAAGUUGAUAUUGAUGAGAACACAGACCUUGCUCUUGAUUACCAUGUAGGAUCUGUACCUGUACUUAUUGCGAUGAAGGAUGGGAAGGUUCUAGAAAGAAUAGUUGGUCUUCAAGAUACUGAUAAACUUAGACAAUUUGUUAACAAGUAUUCAGAGUAAUGUAACUAAAAAUUAUGUAAAUUAUUUUUAAGAUGGUUGCAGUUUGUUAAUUCUUGUACAGAGAAUUUCUAUGUGAUGUACUUCAUAUUUUGCAAUUAUAUUUAUAGUGAAUUUUCUUUAAUAAUUGAGUAACUAUUACAUAAACAGAUAUAGCUUUCAAUUCGUCUGCAAAUUUACAAGAUUUCAAUUAGUAAAAUAAUAUAGAUUGCAAUUUUUAAAUAUAUAUUUUAUAUAAUACAUUAUCAAAUAAAAUUAUUAAUUUAAUCCAAUUCUACAAUUAUGCUAAUAAACUGUACAAGCAUAUACACAC